AUUUCGUUUCUCGCGUGCCGUCAGCCGUACUAGCACAGUGAACAGUCUACACGUCGCGCCCGUACAACGCCGCUCGCGUCUCAGUGUAAACAAACCAGUGAGAAUUUAAUAAAUACAGGCAAAAAAAUGGCAAUCAGCAGAUUAUCCAUCAUCAAAUUUUUGGAACUGGCGCUCACCUGUUCCUGCGUGGCGCUGCACUACCACAGCUAUAAUGCUGAAGCAGAUGUUGGCAUGCUUGUCACCGGAACAUUCGUCGGAUUCCUCAUCAUAUUUGCAGGAGCAGCUGCUGGUUACGUAAUGCAGACACCGUCCCACAAACGCAUCGAUGUCUUCUAUUCGCUAGUGGGUGUGGCCUUGUUCGUCGCCAGCGGAGCUGUCAUCAUUGAUAAAUAUCAGCACCCUACCAUAUCGGAGACUCUUCAAAAUAGAAUAUACUCUGUUUUCAGAUAUCAGCACGCUUCCAAAUCGGAUUGGACCAACAAGAAUCUAGCGAAAGCUUCCUUGGCAAUCAUCAACGGAGCUAUUUUACUGUUCGACGCCGUGUUGACUCAGCGUGGCGGAUAGAUGGCGCUUUUUAGAAGUUUCUUCAAAGAUUUAAGAUAGAGUUUUUAGAAUUUAAGUGAUUCGAGAACGUAUAUUACGAAACUACAAAGUACAUGAGGCGAAUGCAAAAACAAAGAUACGAGUAUUAAUACCUAAUCAAAAUAUUUUAAAAAUUGUUUGCGGAACGGUACCUACAGCUCAGAAAUACUCUAUACGGAUCAAAAAAUCUAUACAUAUACCUGCGUCGAUGUUUAUACAAUUAAGUAAAUGUUUGACAAUCGUCUCUUGGAACAAUAGGCUAUGUAAUUUAUUACUUACACAGUAUCCAGUACCUACAUUAUAUUAAAUACAUUAGCUAUAAUUAUUUAUGUAAAGUAAGGAUUUAGAUCUGCUUUUUGAUAUGGUUAUUAAUAUUUUGGUAAAGGCUUUACCUAUAUGUUUAGAAUAAGAUAAUCUUAUACAAUAGUACCUAAGCUAAAACAGAAAUAUUUUACUAAAGAUAUUCAGGAUUACCUACUAUUAUGACCGUGCCUUAUAAACAUUCCCCUUUUUCACAAAAAAGAAGAAAUUAUUACCAUAAGCUAUUUUAACUGCCGAAAGUUAUUACAAAAGAUGCGUACGUUUUCUAUCAGUUUAAUGAUAAUACUUUAUUAAUAUAAUAAUAAUCAUCACUUUUAUAUUUUAUUUCGAGACCGGUGAGCAGUUUUAUCUUUAAAAUCGUUUUGUUACAUUUUAUUUUAUUUUGUUACUAGGUAUAUUUAUUUACCUAAUUACUUGUAUUUUGCACAAUUAGUCAGGAAGUGUACAAAAUAAUAUAAGCACUGUGAAAAUUACCUCAUAAUUCACAAUUCUAUAAACCAAGUACAAUUUAUAUUGCUGUUAUUUCUUUUUAUACUGAGUAUAAUAAUGUUUUAAGUUAAAGUACUAAUUCUACAAACGCUCUGCUUCCACAAUCUACUGUGUUGCACUGUUUUACCUUAUGUAUACGAUUUGCUAUAAAGAAAGCGUAAUUGUAAUCAAACCCGUCGUACGACUAUGAUUAUACAGGGUGUAACCAGAACGCUAGCAAAAGCUUAGCGUUACUAUUAUACUACUUACACAAUCUAAUGCCAAUACUCUUUUGCUCUAAUCUUGUAGUUUCAGUGAUUUAGUAUUUUUCAAACCCGCAUUGUAUAGCGUGCAAAACUCGAGUCUAUGCCCCUCCUACGACGCACCAUUGACUUUGAGUGACCUAUUUACGGAACGUUCGUUGACCUCUAGCGUCAGUCAGAUGUUUUAUUUGCAAUAUAUUAACUUUGAAUAAAUACAGAAUUUUAUAAAAAAAAUCCGUAAUUUUUGUUUGGCAUCUUAUCAAUAAUCAUCAGUAGUACUAUCUCAUGUCUUCGUUGCUAGCGUUGGUUACACCUUGUAAUAGCAUAGUAUAUAAAGAGAGACACAGUAGUCCGACAUCUUUGAUCUCGUGGUAAAUCACGUCCACAACGACGACCUUAGGGCCCUAACUAUGUAGGCCCAGUUCGGGUCUCUCCUUGGUCCCGCACUUACCAAAAGAUUCCUCUGUCUACGGCUUCUUCGAAAAUGUAAGUGUAAUAUAUACCUGUCAUUCAAUUUUUUAUAAUUGACUUAUUUUAAGAUAAGAUUGCAUUUUGUAACUUUUAUCUACCACCUAUUUUCGAUCUGUUUUAAUAAAAUAAUUUAAUAUGA